UGCUCCGCGAACGUCGUGUUUACUUUACGUUCAUGGACAGUCCUCCGAGAACGUCCGGCGGGGAAAGAACGCGAUAAGGUUGUAUCAACAUUUACAAUGGCUCAAGCUCAAAGCGAUCCCAGAAUCCCGAAUUUGCAGGACACAGCUACUCCUUUUGGUGUCCGACUGUCUGGAAUAUAUAAACGAAGUUACGCUCACGUGACAAUCAAAGACAGAUUGCCAGUGAUAUUAACGAAAAUCGUUGAUACGCUCUGUCAGAAUAGAAGCAAAAUUAUAGCUACUUAUAGUGCGGAUGCCGAAGAAGAUAUUAAAGAGAUCAUAGGAUUCAUAAGUCAGUUGAAAAAUGAAAUGGUUACUAACAAAGUCCUAAAGCCACUGCGUCUAAACAAAGCAGUUACUAACGACGCGGAGGAAUGGAAUAAAUAUUUUGAGUACAGAACAUCCGUAGAAGGCGAAACACCUACAUGGUUCAAUACAAUAUGGUUAUAUUGCGAAACCUACAUGUAUCGUGUACUAGCUCAAGAAAUUAGUUUGAUGAACACCAUACACGGUUACGAUCCGUUUGAGUGCCAUAAGCAAAAUGAUUUUAUUAACUCCCUUGACUCUAUAGACUUAAUAAUAACCUACGUAAAAGAUAUAAUAUGCAAUAAGGAAUACAAUAUGGAGAACUCGAAGAAUGAUUUCCUGAAAUUUUUGGAAUUGAGCUUGUGGGGCAACAGGCAUGAUCUAUCUGCAACUGCAGGCUCCCCUUAUAGCAAAACUGGUAAUCCACUCACGAUAGUGGAUCUUUUAAAAAAGAAUGUAGUAGUGAACGAUUGGGAGGUGGUGUGGGAUAUUGUAAACAAAAAGAUGAAAGAAAGCGAUGAUAUUCAUAUAGUACUUGACAAUGCAGGAUACGAGCUCUUUACUGAUUUAUGUUUAGCAGCUUUUUUGAUUACUAUCGUACCUACGACCAAAAUAACGUUUCAUGCAAAGCUAUAUCCAUGGUAUGUGAGUGAUACAACUAUUCACGAUUUUCUCUGGACGUUAGAUUAUAUGAGUGGACUAAAUGAUCAUCCAAAUAUACAAUUAUUGGGUAAGAUGUUCGGAAAUCUAAUGGACCGUAAAGUUUGGUGCGUUAAGGAAGAGCCCUAUUGGACAGGACCGUAUGACUUUACGCAAAUAAAAGAAAAAGCGAAAGAUAUAUAUGCCCAAUUUUCCGACGCUAAAUUAGUAAUAUUUAAGGGAGAUCUGAAUUAUAGAAAACUUCUGGGCGACAUGAAUUUUGAAUAUAAUACAAGCUUUGCAGCUGCACUGGGAAAUUUUCGACCUACGAAUAUUUUGAGCUUGCGCACUAUGAAAUGCGAUAUUUGUGUUGGAUUACCAAAUGAUAUGGUUGAAUUCUUUGAAAAGGAUAAAACUAAACUGACAACUGGAGAGUACGGUCUUAUUCAAGCAGCUAUAUUUAAAAUUUAAAAUAUUAGAUCUUUUUGCAAGACAAAAAUAAAAGUACUUUUGAAUUA